AUUCCGUGCAAUUCUUGGGAUUGAAGGAAAAGACCAGGCUCCACUCUUAAUGACAGAGCAGAAAAACCAGGCCCCACGCCGGGGACGAAGCCCGUAGGCCAUGGAGGAGAGGGUGUGAGGAUCUCCCACCUCCAGGACUUCGGGUGCUGGGCAGCGCUGUGUCGCUUUCUCGCCCUCCAGGAGAGUAAGGCCUUGCGAGCAUUGCUGAGUAAGGGAGAGCCAAGGAAAGACGCCUGCAUGAAGACUGAGCUGCUGAAAGACAUCACCAACAACAAAGAGGAAGGGUUUAAUGCCAUGGCUGCAGAUGAAAGCGCUACGGAGAAGCAAGUGGGGGAACCAAAAAUGGCAGUAGACGGUGAAACCAACGGUUCCUGUGAGCACAGCGAGGCUGGAGGGCACCCAAACCCAGCCAAAAACACUCAGGACAACACGAAAGUGAGCCAGCAGGACUCUGGGACUAAAUUAAAUAGGAUAGCAGAGAACGGCAUUUCGGAGCGGGACGGAGAGACUGGGAAGCAAAACCACCUGAAAGCAAAUGACUUCACACAGACUUCUGUCACAGGGAGCAAUGGGUAUAUCCUGACCAAGCAGAUGGCACAGGAGCAGCCCCUAAGGACUACCAGCACCUUUGCUUCCCUCACCGGCCAUGCUGCAAAAACCCUGCCUGGAGGAGCGGGCAAGGGCAGGACUGUGGGCCCCUUUUCCCAGCUCCAAGCCACGAUGCCAAGCAAGCUCGGGGAGGGCAGUAAGGACAUGGAUGCUAAAAAAGGCCCUGCUGCUAAUGCUGAAGUCAAGGUCCACAGAGCACGGAAGACAAUGCCUAAACCCACCCCCAGCCUGGAGUUGCUUCCUGAAUUGGGAUCGAAGCUGAAUCUGAAACAGCACGCAAGUAAAGACCCCAAAGAUGGGAGAGACAGCAGAGAUCAAAAAGAACCCAAGGAGAAGGAGUUUGAGAACAUGCUGGACUUUGUGAAGCCGUUGUCGUUGCCCUCUCUCCCGGGCCUUCACCAGUCACUACCUCAGAACCAGAGCUAUGUGGCCACCACGAAGUCGCAGACAGCUGCUGCAGUAUCUCGGAAGAAAAAGCGGAGAAUGGGAACCUAUAGCCUGGUUCCCAAGAAAAAGACCAAAGUGUUAAAACAGAGAACAAUGAUUGAGAUGUUUAAGAGCAUAACUCAUUCCUCUGCAGGUGCCAAGAGUGACAAAGACCUGGGUGAUGCCAGCCCUCAUGUGAACGGGGAAAGCAUAGAGGUGGACUCUGAAGAGGAGGACUCUGAUGAGUUGGAGGAGGAGGAUGAUCAUGGAGCAGAGCAGGCAGCCGUGUUCCCUGUGGAUGAGAACAGGACCUGUAAAGACAGUGCAUCCGAUGCAGACAACGCCAGAAAGAUCGAUGAUGGCGAGUCUGAGGAGGAACAAGAGUCUGUAGAGUCUGGGGAGGAGGAGGAGGAUGGAGACGAGUCUGACUUGAGCUCGGAGUCCAGUGUCAAGAAGAAGCUGCUGAAGAGGAAAGGGAAGACGGACAGUCCAUGGCUGAAACCCACCCGCAAGAGGAGACGGAGGAAUAAAAAGAAACAAGCCAGUGUUUUAGGUGCCGAAGCCUAUAAACCAUCGCUGGGCAGGGAGGGCCCGGGCCAGGAGAACAGCAUGGAGUACAUGGAGGUGUCCCUGGAUUCCCUGGACCUGCGGGUGAAGGGCAUCCUGUCCUCGCCGGCGGGGGGUCUUUCCAAUGGUCCUGAAGCAAUGGAAGUAGAUGGUCUCCAGGAAGUUCCCCUCUGUAGCUGUCGAAUGGAAACCCCCAAAAGCAGAGAGAUCACCACGUUAGCCAACAACCAGUGCAUGGCCACGGAGAGCGUGAACAACGAGCUGGGCCGAUGCACAAACAGUGUGGUUAAGUAUGAACUGAUGCGCCCGUCUAACAAAGUCCAGCUUUUGGUGCUGUGUGAGGACCAUAGAGGGAGGAUGGUGAAACACCAGUGUUGCCCUGGCUGUGGAUACUUUUGCACUGCAGGCACUUUCAUGGAGUGUCAGCCGGAGAGCAGCAUCUCCCACCGCUUCCACAAGAGCUGUGCCUCCCAGGUCAACGACACGAGCUACUGCCCACACUGUGGGGAAGAGGCCUCCAAGGCCAAGGAGGUGACAAUAGCAAAGGCUGACACGACCUCCACGGUGUCCCUGACCUACGAGCAGCAGAAACCGGCGGCUGUGGAGGGAAGGGCCGACACCACGACGGGGAGUGGCACUGGGACACGGUUGUCAGAGGAAGACAAGCCAGAAAGUUCAGCUGCUGAGGGGUUUGACAUGGCUGGGUCUUCAGUUUUUGCUAAGCCUACUACUAGCCUGACCCAGGGACCAGUUAAAGAAACUCUGGAAAGUGCCCUGAUUGCCCUGGACUCUGAAAAACCCAAGAAGUUACGGUUCCACCCGAAGCAGUUGUACUUCUCUGCCAGGCAAGGGGAGCUGCAAAAGGUCCUGCUGAUGUUGGUGGAUGGAAUUGACCCUAAUUUUAAAAUGGAGCAUCAGAGUAAGAGAACCCCUCUCCAUGCUGCUGCUGAGUCUGGCCAUGUGGACAUCUGCCAUAUGCUGAUUCAGGCUGGUGCCAACAUAGACACCUGCUCCGAGGACCAGAGGACCCCUCUGAUGGAAGCAGCAGAAAACAACCACCUGGAAACUGUGAAAUAUCUGAUCAAGGCUGGAGCACUAGUGGAUCCUAAGGAUGCAGAGGGCUCCACGUGUCUGCACUUGGCAGCCAAGAAGGGGCACUACGACGUCGUUCAGUACCUGCUCUCCAACGGGAAGAUGGAUGUCAACUGCCAGGAUGAUGGAGGCUGGACACCCAUGAUCUGGGCCACGGAGUACAAGCACAUCGAGCUGGUGAAGCUGCUGCUGGCGAAGGGCUCGGACAUCAACAUCCGUGACAACGAGGAAAACAUUUGUUUGCACUGGGCUGCUUUUUCUGGCUGUGUGGACAUAGCAGAGAUCCUGCUGGCAGCUAAGUGUGACCUACACGCCGUGAACAUCCACGGGGACUCGCCCCUGCACAUCGCAGCCCGAGAGAACCGCUACGAGUGCGUGGUUCUCUUUCUCUCCCGUGGCUCGGAUGUCACUUUAAAGAACAAGGAGGGUGAGACUCCGCUCCAGUGCUCCAGCCUUAACUCUCAGGUCUGGGUGGCCCUACAGAUGAACAAGACUCUCAAAGAAUCAUCCACUGAGAAGCCUGCCCAGAUAGAGAAGGUGGUGAGCAGGGACAUUGCCCGGGGUUACGAGCGCAUCCCGAUCCCCUGUGUCAAUUCCGUGGACAGCGAGCCCUGUCCCAGCAACUACAAAUACGUUUCCCAGAACUGUGUCACCUCCCCGAUGGACAUUGACAGGAACAUCACUCAUUUACAGUAUUGUGUCUGCAUAGACGACUGCUCCUCCAGUAACUGCAUGUGUGGCCAGCUCAGCAUGCGCUGCUGGUAUGACAAGGUGAGCACAGCCCCUCCUCCUGCCUCAAACUUGGGGCUGAGAGCUGAGCUUGGCCCAAUUCUGGGUUUAUAAUGGUGCCUUUAUAACACCUCCUUGCACAACUCAAGGCCAGGUUGGAUGGGAC